UUUUAAAUCUACUAACCGAACCAAACCGAUUUUUCCAACUAACCGAACCGAUAAACCGAAUUUAAUCGGUUCGGUUCGGUUUUUCGGUUUAGACCGAGAAUUGCUCAGCCCUAACUGCACCAUCAUACUGUGACAUAAUCAACCCUAAUCUUUAGUCCAAAUUCCGUAACUGUUCGCAGAUAUACAUCCGUUCUCUCUCUCUCUCUCUCUCCCCCUGAGCUCUGUUUCUAAUUCUAUCCCCAGAGCUUCUGCUUGCAGACCUCUGUUCUCGAAUCAAAGGAUUUAAAAUUGAGCUCUAACAUGCAAAAGCAUGGCAAUUUGCAGCUGCGUGGGCUGGAGGAUCAUAAUUGGGUAAUGGCCGUUUAAUCUCUAAGAGCAACAUAGGCUGCUUCUUUUUUUAACAUUUUAACACAAAGCCAAAUGAUGGUUGCUGAAGCAAGCUUAUGUUGGAAUGUUCAGGCAAUCUUGAAUAUAUUCUUCAAUGGUGGUGUUGGCGCAAAUUUUUGUGGGGUUAAAUGACUGAUCAGUUAAUCAAACAGGUGGACUUCUGCUUUUGAUUUGUUUCCAUGGAGGACCACACUUUUGUUGUUGGUCAGGAGUUCCCUGAUGUCAAAGCUUUCCGGAAUGCAAUCAAAGAAGCUGCAAUUGCACAACACUUUGAACUUCGUAUUAUAAAAAGUGACCUGAUUCGAUACUUUGCAAAGUGUGCCUCAGAAGGUUGUCCAUGGCGCAUUCGUGCUGUUAAACUUCCUAAUGCUCCAACCUUCACAAUAAGAAGCCUUGAAGGGACUCAUACUUGCGGGAGAAAUGCACAAAAUGGUCACCAUCAAGCUUCUGUGGAUUGGAUUGUGAGCUUUAUAGAGGAACGAUUACGAAAUAAUAUCAAUUAUAAACCAAAGGAUAUAUUACAUGACAUUCAUAAGCAAUAUGGAAUCACCAUCCCUUACAAGCAGGCAUGGCGUGCUAAGGAACGGGGACUUGCAGCAAUUUAUGGCUCUUCUGAAGAAGGAUACUGCCUGCUUCCUUCAUACUGUGAACAAAUAAAAAGAGCUAAUCCUGGAAGUAUUGCAGAGGUGUUCACUACUGGUGCUGACAAUCGGUUCCAAAGGCUUUUUGUUUCUUUCUAUGCAUCCUUAUAUGGAUUCUUGAAUGGGUGUGUGCCCAUCAUUGGGCUUGGUGGAAUUCAACUUAAGAGCAAGUAUCUUGGUACCUUACUUGUAGCCUCAUCUUUUGAUGCUGAUGGUGGAUUCUUCCCGCUUGCAUUUGGUGUUGUUGAUGUAGAGAAUGAUGAGAGCUGGAUGUGGUUCUUGUCCGAGUUACAGAAAGCAUUAGAGAUGAACACUGAGAAUAUGCCUAAGCUUGCAUUUUUAUCUGAUGGACCAAAAGGCAUUGUAGAUGCAGUAAAAAGAAAAUUCCCAAAUUCUUCCUGUGCAUUUUGUAUGCGGCAUUUGAGUGAAAGCAUUGGCAAAGAGUUCAAAAACUCAAGACUUGUCCAUCUUUUGUGGAAAGCUGCUUGUGCUACCACUACCAUUGGUUUCAAAGAAAAAAUGGCUGAAAUUUCAGAAGUUUCAUCUGCAGCUGCUAAGUGGUUGCAACAAUUUCCUCCUUCUCACUGGUCCUUAGUGUAUUAUGAAGGAACACGGUAUGGUCAUUUGUCUUCAAAUAUUGAGGAAUUUAAUAUGUGGAUUCUUGAAGCCCGAGAGUUGCCUAUAAUCCAGGUCAUUGAGCGGAUUCACUGUAAACUAAUGUCUGAGUUUGAGGACCGGCGACUGAAGAGUAGUUCCUGGUUUUCAGUGCUGGCUCCAUCUGCCGAGAAACACAUGGUUGAAGCUAUCAAUCGAGCAUCAAUGUAUCAAGUCCUUCGAUCAGAUGAAGUUGAAUUUGAAGUUAUAUCAGCAGAGCGCUCGGACAUUGUGAAUAUUGGGACACGCUCUUGUUCCUGCCGAGAUUGGCAGCUUCAUGGGAUGCCAUGUGCACACGCAGUUGCAGCACUAAUUUCAUGUAGAAAAGAUGUAUAUGCCUUUACAGAGAAAUGCUUUACAGUUGCCAGUUACCGGGAAGCUUAUGCAGAAGAGAUACGCCCCAUCCCUGAAAAAAUGAGAAAGAUCGGUGAUGCUCCAAUGGAUGAUGAUGAUGAUUCUCAAGUUGUUCGGCCUCCAAAGAUUCGUCGUCCGCCCGGACGUCCAGAAAAGAAACGAAUAUGCGUAGAGGACCUUAAUCGUGAGAAACAUACUGUGCAUUGUAGUAAAUGUAACCAGACUGGUCAUUAUAAGACAACUUGCAAGUCGGAGAUUAUGAAAGGCAUUGAACAGUUUUAGGUGUAACUUUGUAACUUAAUCAUCUGAUCAACUAGUUCUUGUAAUCCUGAGUAGAAUAGUAUUGAAGGUAUACCUGUUUUUCAUGUAUGUAAAAUUGGAAAUAUGUCCAUUGUAGUUGAA